UAUGCGCAUGUGCUUUUCUGUGGUGUAGCGCUCUCUUGUUGACUUGUUUUCGGCGUUUGGGUUUGAACUCAUUUAGUUGAUUGUUUUUAAUAUUUUUCUACAUUAAACUGCAAAAUGUCAGGAGACUGCUCGUCAAGAAAAAUUAAAAGGUUCUCAGAAUCUGACAGAAGUGCAGAAUUUGAUGCGGCCACUCAGAAGGCUCUGGAAGACAUUGAUAUUUGUCAAAAUGAAAUUGACAACAUAAAUGAAAAAGCUAGUGAAGAAAUAUUGAAAGUUGAACGGAAAUACAACCAGCUUCGAAAACCAUUCUUUGACAACAGAAAUCUUAUUAUAAGUAACAUUCCAAAUUUUUGGAUAACAGCUGUAUCCUUUUUAGUAGCCAUUUGCCUAAGUUUACAUUUAUGUAUUCAAAGAACACAUUUUUCUCUUCAAUUAAUUUAUAUAUUUCUUUCAGCAACUCCAACAUCUGAGAGCACUCAAAUCAUAUGGAAGGAAGGAUGUACACUUGGUCAAAAUGUGGAAAGUAACCGUACUGGAAGGAAGCGCCGCCAUGAACCUUCUAAAACAUUUUUUGGGUGGUUUAAUGAUAAUGUUGAUCCUUAUACUGAUGAUAUAGCAGAAGUGAUCAAGGAUGAUCUAUGGCUUAACCCCCUUCAGUAUUACUUGGUUCCAGACGUUGAAGGAGAUGGAGAAAAUGGAAUGGAAGGUGAAGAAGCUAGUAGCAGUGAUGAAAAUGAUGACAUAGUUGAAGAUGACGACAGUAAAACUAAGUAAUUGCAUUUGAAAAUGUUAUAUUGUUUAUAACCUGUAUAGAUAGAAAGUUUUUUGUUAUAGAGAAGUUAUAAAGCACUCCUCAAUUUUUUGGAUGCAAACUAUGGAAUUCAUGUGUUUAUUUUGUAUUAUAGAUCUACUAUGGUUUUGAAUUUCGGAAACUUUUUCAUGAAAAUUUGGCUGUCAUGAGUUGGUUGAAUGUGGAUACAUCACAUUUGGUUAUAUUGAUUCCCGCUCUUUGAAAUGUAGAUAACUCUGAAAAUUAAAAUCGUUGAAAAUUCUAUUUCAACACAAUUUUGUAUCGUAAUGGAAUUUUAAUUCAUUUCAGUAUGCAACAAAUACCAAAUGAAAAAUCGGAAAUCAGGUUUCCAGUGAGGAUACUAUUAUUGUUGUAACCAAUGAUAACUCAAUCUAAAUGAUAGUAUUAAAAAGAUUAUGUGAAUUCAAUAAGGUUAAUUCAUUCUGACCUACCUUUCAUAGUUUUCUGCGGGAUUUCAAAAACAUAACUGAUUACUUAUCCGUACAAUAAAGAAAUUAUAAAUGAUACCAAAACUUUCAGAUUCAAUACAUCAUCGAUUUAUCUUUGUGAGAUUUUCUCAUAUACAGUUUAAUAAGGUGCUUCAUGUGUUUUGCUGUAGAAUAAUUUCUUCAAGCAUGACUAAUAUAAUAAUACUUUCAUAUAUUAGAUGAUGAAAAAGCUGUUGUGCAGCAAAACAUGCGACAUGAUUUGGUAAAUUAUGCGAAUAUCUCACAAAACCAUCUAGCACAAUAUUCAUUUACGAUUUGGCAGGUUGGAAAAAUAUAAUGCAUAUUCGGCAUUUUUUAGAGAUUAUCAAAGAUACACAGGUUAACCAAUCAGAAAAUAAUAGUGUCAGAAAAAUCAGUAAGGUGUCAAGUGUAAACUGUUUUUCAUUUUCCAGAAUAUAUAUGAAAUGUAUUGUUGGUUAAUUUUAAAUUCUGAAUGAUUGUUAAAAAACCCUUCCGGUUUAUUUUUUUAAAUUUACCAUUGAUGCCAAAACGUACUGAGCUCCAAAAUUUCUUGUAAAUGUCAACUAAUAUUUUGUAUAUCACAAGUUUGUGUACAUUUAGAAUGAGUGAUUGAUGUAUUUCCAAAAAAUAAAUCGUGUUAUUUUUAAAA